AGAAAUGCGAAAACCAUGCAAGCAGGGCUUCAAGAGGUUAAGUAGACUCAUAUGUAAUGCCACUCCUACAUAACUGGCAUGUGAGUCUCAGUCAGCGAUCAGAUCUUAAGAGAGUGAUCCAUCAGCGAGGGCCCAGCUACGCAUGGCGGCCUAGCUCCGAUCUACUAUAUCCUAAAUCCUUGUAGGACUCAUUCUCAGUGUCCCGCGGUACGGGUUCUCAGUGUUCUCAGUUCCGACAUGGGUCGCGAUUUUUAAACGCGGAUUUUCGCUGAAAUGGGCGACAGCUCCGAAAUUUGCGAUUAUUCUGCUCCGCUUAGCGGCGGCAACGGCAGGCGGGCUUUGAGUCUAACUCUCUCGACGAUCCACGAGAGGCGAACCCUGCGGGAAGUGGCGGCGGUUGCGGUUGAAUCGUCCGCGUCUGCGGCGGCGUCGCCGCGAAGGCAGCAGCAGCGGGAGAGCUUGCGACAGCUGCAGGAGCGGCUGGCGCAGAUCGACCGGCUGUGGCGGCAAGUGGCGGAAGCCGAUGCAGGGGAAGUCGCCGCCGCGAUGGCGCCGCCGCCGUCGGCGGUAGCAGGGGGGAGUUUUCCGCUCGUCAGUGCAGAUUCCGGCGGCGGCGGGAAGCAUCGCAAGAGCUGGAGCGACGUGAACCGGCGAUCAUUGGCGAUGAGCGAUGAUGGUUGUAACGCAGCGUCGGAAGCAGCGGCCCUGUUGCCGAAAGCCGCGUCAGACCCUGGACCCAACCCGUUACUUCGAGCCCCUUCGCUCCUAGGGGAUAUUAAACGGCUCAGCCUUUUUCGUGGAUCAGGCGCAACCCUACAUGUUGAAGUUGGCUCGAUGCAGCUCGGCGCGCUGCAGAAGGGCAGAGCAGCGGCGGCGACUGCCAGUCCCAGUCGCAACGGUCGCAGAGACUGCCCCCACACGUCGCGCGCGACUAACACGGACAGCACGACUGCUCACGACGCUGGAACUUCGACCCAGAUGCUGCUUGUUAGUAGCGCAAAUAGAGCAUUUAGUAUUCGCAAAGGUGGUGGUCACUCAAACGCUGAACCGUCUGGGAAUAAGCGGUCGUCGUACUUCCCUGCCGCUGAAACACCUACUCCUGUCGAAUGCCCUGGGAAUACCUGUACGCCAAAACGUGGGAAUUCCAGCAGCUCCUCGGUAUCCUUGAGCGAGUUAUCGCGCCGAUCGCGACGCUAUUCGCGGAGAGAAAUAGGUGGCACAGAUUCAGCGGGAAUGCUGCUGUUCGGUAGAGAGGGGUAUUCAGGGGUUGACGGUGUCGAGUAUUCCAGCUCCAAGGCGGUGGUUACAGCAGUGGUGACAUCAACUCUAGCGGGAGUGUUGAUAAUAACUCUUAUCGCCCUUUUUCUGCCAUGGUAAUGUUGCUCGGUCAUUGGCACAUUGCUGACCUUCCUUGCCAUGGUAGUGUUAGCAAAGGAAUCACCUUUUUUUCUGCCAUGGUAGUGUUAGUAGCAGAUGAAUCACCCUUUUUCUGCCAUGGUACCAUAGAGUAGAUGUGGCAUCUUGUUUUACCAUGGUUAUGCUGGUUCAAUUCGCAUCCAUGUCUUUACU